AUGGCCGACUCAGACAGUCUAACAUUACCAACCGCGAACCAACUGGUGAGACGAUCCAAAUUGAAAUUUACGAUUGCCCAUCGGCCAGCCGUCAGCCUGCUGUUUCGAUAUGUCUGUACUACGCCUGUCAAGCCGCACGGUUGGCCCAGUGGCCCAUCCCCGACACGGAAUAUCUUGGCAUGGAUGAGAUGGAAAUGCCGGAAUCAUUUCACACGAUCCCCAGGCUCCCUAGUCUCCAUGCUUCACUGUAAACAGACACAACACCCUCGAAGUGUGUACACGCGGAGAACAGCUGCAGCUAUAUUACGUGCCAUCCCACUCAGCCCUAAACAACAUGGCUGUUUCACAGAUCUUCUAUUUGGGUUAAACACUUGGGUGAUGGAUUGA